CACUGCUCCACACCAACCAUGAGCGAGUCUGUCAAGAGAACCCGACCCAAGACAGCAGUGGACGUUACCAUGCCAAAUGUGGGCGAGCGCACCUACUCGCUCUUUAAUAUUUGGGUGGUGACGUUGGCGUUGAAGUUACUCCUCGUCGUCAGCUAUCAUUCUACCGACUUUGACGUUCACCGCAAUUGGCUAGCCAUCACCAAAAACUUGCCUGUGUCCAAGUGGUACAUCGAGAACACCUCCCAGUGGACUUUGGACUACCCACCCUUCUUUGCCUACUUCGAAUGGGUGUUGGCCCAGUUCGUACCUGAAGUGGUCAAACAAGAUGGCUGUCUAGCUCUUGUGGAAAAGGGCGCGUACUCGUUGCCCACAGUGUACUUCCAAAGACUCACUGUCAUUGUCAGCGAAAUCUUGCUUUUCGUGGCAUUGCAAUGGUACAUCAACUCUUCGGACUCCCAGGCCUCCAAGAGACGUGCUUACGUGGCGGCGUCUAGUCUUGCCUUGUCGCCAGGGUUGUUGGUGAUCGACCACAUCCACUUCCAGUACAACGGAAUGAUGUACGGGAUCUUGGUGUUGGCCAUCACCUGUGCUAGGCUCAAGCGGUACUUGAUGUGUGGGUUCUGGUUUGCCGUGUUGCUCUGCUUCAAGCACAUCUACCUUUAUUUGGCACCUGCGGUGUUCGUGUUCUUGUUAAGAGCAUACUGCUUGAACCUCGAGUUCGAUCCCAAGCGUAAAAUGGUGGAGAAUUUAAUCUACUUGGUCAAGUGGAAAAAUCUUUCCAAGCUUGGUGCUUUGGUGGUGGCAAUAUUUGCCGUGGCUUUUGGUCCCUUCGUCUAUUACGGUGUGAUGCCGCAACUUCUUGCAAGAUUGUUCCCUUUCAGCAGAGGCUUGACCCAUGCAUACUGGGCCCCCAACAUCUGGGCGAUUUACUCGUUUAUCGAUAGAUUAUUGAUCCAGGUAUACCAACGGGUUCCCCUCAGCCAGUAUCCGUUACAGAAAAUCUUCAAAUUCGACACCAGUCUACUUUCAAACUCAAAAUUCAUCAACUCCUCAACCAGAGGCUUGGUGGGUGACAUCGAAUUCUUGAUCUUGCCCACAAUUACACCUCAGUUAACAUUCUUCCUCACCUUGUUCUACCAGAUCAUGGCCUUAAUACCAUUAUUUAUUCAACCAAAUUUCAGAAGAUUCAUUGGAGCUUUGACCUUAUGCGGAUAUUCCUCCUUCUUGUUUGGAUGGCAUGUUCAUGAAAAGGCGAUUUUGAUCGUUAUCUUCCCCAUCAGUUUCCUUGUCUGUAGAGACAGAAGGUUGUUGGGCCCAUUCAACUUAUUAGUAAGCUGUGCAUACAUAAGUUUGUUCCCAUUAAUUUUCACUCCGAAUGAGUGGCUCAUCAAAGUGACAUAUACAUUGUUGUGGUACAUUAUUUAUUACUUUAAUUUCAGAAAAGUGGUUAGACUUCCAAAAGACGCUCGUGAGUCCAGUUACAUAUUGGACAGAGUCAUCAACACUUAUAUUUUGGGAUUAUUGCCAGUUCUAAUCGUAAUCAGUCUCAUGGACCUACUUGAGGGCAAGUUCGAGAUAUUGAAAAAGUUGGAGUUCUUGAAGCUCAUGAUUGUGAGUGUCUACUGUGGAAUUGGUAUAAUAAGUAGCUGGAACGGUUUCAACUGGCUAUACUUCUUGCACGACGACAUUUGGGAGGAUGACAGCAAAGAAUCCUCAAAUUAAGUGGCACAUGAUACCUCCUGGAGACCACUGAUCUUCCCCUAUCUAAUAUCCCCCAAACGCUUGAGCUACUGUUUAUUGCUUUGUAUACAGCAGUAACUAGGUCGUGGACUCUAGGCCAGCUCGUGGGUGCAUGUAUAUAUAAUUUGAAAUUAAUAAAAGUUCCUACCAUUAG